CAAAAUAAGAAGUUAAAAAAUCAUCAAUUCAUCAUCAAACAAUUUAACUAUGGCAAGCAGCAGGCAAGUAUUCCAGAAAUCAGCAGGAGUGAGAUCAUUAUUCAGAAGAACCUCAACAUUCACUAAACCACCAUCCAACUUGUUCAAUGGACCUGUUCGCCGGAAACCUCUUUUCUCUUCAAGGGAACCGGUAGAGCUGAGUUGUAUGCAGUCUUUGAUGCCGCUACAUUCCGCCACUGCCUCGUCUUUGCUCAAGUCUAUGCUGUCUUCUGAGGUCGGCCAAUGGGGUUCCCUAUCUGAAGGAUUUGCUACACCACUAUAACAUGGCCCCAGCAACAAACAAAUCUGUUGAGACUGAUGCAACUUGAAGCUGUUUUAUUCCUAUUUCGAAAUAAUCUCAGAACUUAACAUAUCUUUGUAGUUUGUAAUGCAACAUUUUUGCUUACAAGAUUUUGUGACAUUGAUUGUUGUACAUUCAUGAUACCAUUUUAGUGAAUCUA